UGCACAAGGGGUGUGGAAAAAGCUCUGUCUUAAAAUUAUGUGAAAAUAUAAAAAAAGAAUUAAAGUUAGUUAUGAGUAAGAAAAAAACUUUAGAAAAAUAUUUGACACUGGUGAUGUAUAAAGACUUCAUAAUGACAUCAGCAAAGUCACUGAUGAUGGCAUAAAUGGUUUAAAUUCUGCUUUGCCUAUCUAUUUGUUUUUGCAUUUGUAUAAAUCAUUGUAUUUGAUAACUUUUAUUGAGCUUUAACAGCUAGCGUGUCUGAAGCAACUCACCCAAGAGGAGUAUUACACAGUUCAAGAAUGAAUUACUAACGACAGCUGUGCCAUUCAAGGGCACACUGUAAGGAGAUGGAUUUCUCAGUUACAUUUCUGAAGAAUCAGAACUAUUCAGAGCUGAAAAAAGAAUGUAUGAAAAAUGGAAGACUAUUUGAAGACCCAGAAUUCCCUGCAUCAGUGGAAUCACUUGUCUACAGUAAAGCCCCCCCUCCUGGAUUGGAAUGGAAACGACCCAAUGAGCUGUGUGAAGAUCCUCAUCUGUUUGUUGAUGGCAUCAGCUCACAUGACUUACACCAGGGAACACUGGGUAACUGCUGGUUUGUGGCUGCCUGUUCCUGCCUCGCUCUAAGGAGCGCACUCUGGAAAAAGGUCAUUCCAAAUUGGCAAAAUCAGGAAUGGGAUGCAAAUAGACCACACAAAUAUGCUGGAAUUUUCCACUUCCAGUUUUGGUGCUUGGGGAACUGGGUGGAUGUUGUCAUUGAUGAUCGCCUGCCAACCGUGGAUGGAAAUUUAAUCUACUGCCGAUCCAACGUCAAGAAUGAGUUCUGGAGUGCUCUUCUGGAGAAAGCAUAUGCCAAAUUGGCUGGGUCCUAUGAGGCUCUUGAAGGAGGUAAUACCGCUGAUGCUAUAGUAGAUUUCACUGGAGCUGUUACAGAAAGUUUUGACUUGGUGAAAGGCCACCACUGCGCUAACGUGAUAGAACAGACACGGAUGUUUGAGAUCCUACUUAAAGUCUAUAAACGAGGAGGGUUAGUCAGUUGCUCAAUCAAGCCUUCUGUCGAUGAAGACAUGGAGGCAGUGACCCCUAUGGGACUUGUUAAGGGCCACGCUUAUUCAGUAACAGAGAUAAAGAAGGUGCCGUUAGGAACAACUACGUUGUGCUUUGGAAAGUCAGAGAAACUGUUUAUGAUCAGGAUGAGGAAUCCAUGGGGAAAGAGGGAAUGGAGAGGAGCGUGGAGUGAUGAAUCUGAAGAGUGGAGAAAGGUCAGCAAAUCUCAGAAGGAGACGCUGGGUCUGACUGUUCGGGAUGAUGGAGAAUUCUGGAUGACUUUUGAAGAUUGGUGCACAAACUUCACCCACGCUGAUGUGUGUCGAAUCAUAAAUACAUCAUGUCUAAGUCGCCACAAAACCUGGGAAAAGGCAGAGGCGCAAGGAUCAUGGACUAAAAAUUCUGAGACUCUCUUAAAUCGUUCCGGAGGAUGCUAUAAUAAUAAAGAUACUUUCCUUCAGAACUCACAGUACCUGUUUGAAGUGAGGAAGAAAGAAGAUAACGUAUUAAUUUCACUGCAGCAAAAAGACAACCGAGCUCUCAAGAAGGAGGGCAGAGGAGACUACUUCAUCAUAGGUUUUGAAAUUUUUAAGGUGGAACAAAAUAGAAAGUAUCGUAUUCACAAGCUUGAGGGACAAGAGAGGACUGCAUUCUCCACCUAUAAGAAUCUGAGGUCUGUAUUCCUACGGAAGAGAUUGAAGAGUGGCAAAUACGUCAUCAUUCCUACCACUUUCCUACCUGGUAUCACCAGCGACUUUGUACUCAGACUAUUUACAGAUGAACCUUCCAAAUUCAGUGAGCUUGUGCAUGAUAAGCCCAGGGUAACAUGGUGGAGUUUACUCUUUGGUCACCCAAAAAGAGUCACUCAGGUCACUGUACAUAGUGUGAUUGGAGUCCAGAGGAAAGGCAAGACAAGAGGGGCUGGUCUGUACAUUAUUAUCAAAUGUGAGAACCAAAGCGUCAAAUCCGAAGUACAGAAAAACACGACAAGUGCUGUUUUUGAUACUCAAGCAAUUUUCUAUCGCAAGAAUAUCAAUAAACCAUUAGCUAUUCAGGUAUGGGACAGUAAUAUCUUAAGUGACCAGUUUCUGGGCCAAGUGCUUUUGGCAGCCUCACCCAAUGACCCAAUAGAAGUACAGAGUCUUCAGCUGCACGGGAGGCUUGGCCGGGAAGCAGAAGUGAUGCCAGGCUGUAUCACUGUUAAACUUGUCUCCUCAGAUGACCUGGUUGAACUGUAAAUGUGUGAUCCAGACUAGACUCCAUACAGUGGGAUGUCUGGUGACCAUCUGUACAGAUGACGUACACUCUGUCUGUGUGAACAGGAGACUACAUUUUAUAGUAAACAAUAGUGUUUGUAGUAAAUAUCACAAAAGAGGAAGAUAUUUACUUCUGAAUUCAGUAACAUUAAUUACCUUUUUUAUUGGAAAAAGCUGUGAAUGUGGCCCAUACUGAAAACAAAACUAAAAUUGUAGUGAUAUAGUAACCCUUAAAUUGUGUUUAAUUCUACAUAAACAAAUUUUACAAAGUUAACAACUAUUUCUCAUGGACUAAAAAAAGCAAUAUAAAUGUAGAAAGACGGACAGUCACAAGAGUUUUUUUUCGGAGAGAUUCCCUUUUGAAAGUUAUCAGGCCCUUUUAAAGAGGGACAUUUGUGUGGCUUGGGGGUUGCUAAUAGAAUGUAUAAUACCACAAACCAUACAGCAGUAUACCUCUUAAAAUUGUUUGGUAUCUGGUCCACGAUGUGAGAGGUCAAGGGGUAGAGUCAGUAUGCAUGCCCAAAAUUGCUGUCAUUGCCGGCAUGUGCAGAAAGUACAAGUCUUAGAUGGGUGCACAUGUCACACUAGCUUAUGCUCAGGACUUGGCCUGGGAGUAGCCACUCUUGUUGACACCAACACCUGCCUGGUAGAGCAACCUGUAUGCCCACUUCAAAACUCAAGGCUUUCUACAUCAUCCUUAUGGAAGAUAUGUGCCCACAUUACAUUAUACACCUGGCAUUUGGCCUCCUGGACUCUUUUUAUCCCAGGUAAAUACUUUCCGCCAUACGCAAGAUACAUGAUAAAUCAUGCCAGGAAUACAUAAUCUGCAAACUGCAUAUCAUUUUCAUAGUCUAUACUUAUGCCAGAUGUGUUCUCACAUCACACUACAGACCAGAUGCAUGGCAGAUAUAUGCCCACUUCAGCUAAGGCUCCUGCACGCCUUUACCUUUUGCACGCUCUCCUACUUCUUUGUCCACAUAUGAUGUCCUGUCAUAUAAAAGUGCACGGGAAGUGAAAGAGAAAAAGCUAUCUGGGGUAGCAUUUAAAAACAGUUUUGCGAACAUCACCUUCCAUCCUCAGAGAUCGAUUGCACCUGCCUCAAGCACUGAUCUCGGACCAUACAGAGAAACUGAUGUGUAUAAAUCAUAUACUGUACACUGUUUUAGACCUGACCUCAAUAGAAUGUGUCCCUUUUAAUCCACUUGAAAAGGUGCAUGAUACAUGGCAGUAAAUGGACAGAUGAAUAUCAUGUGUGGUUUUGAUACCAGCAAUGUAAAGUUACAGCUGAUUUGUCACCUUAUAAACGGUUGGUUCCGAAAGUGUGAAACAGGUGUAGCUGACAAAUUAAUUCAGCAUACAGUAAUGUGUAUUAUACUAUGUAACAUUAUUAUGAGUAAAUCUCAUUUUAAAUAAUACAGACCAGGACUGCCAGCCUGGCAGGCAGAGUUUAUUGAAUGUAAAUAACAAAAAUGAUAUCUCUCAUAGGUAACUGGUAACUGAAUCUUUUUAUGUUCAAAGCUGGAUAGGGUAUCACCAAUGAAGCUUUUCUUAUUUGUAAAUCCAAAAACAAUCGAAAAAUUAUUUUCCAAAUAAAUAUAUAUAUAUUCUUUGGCAGACAUUAUGUA